ACACUCACGAGUAACCUAACUCUCUGCAUCGUAUUGACCUCAAGUCAGUUUGUAAGAAUAGGACGAUUCGAGGAAGUCAGGAAGUAUCGAGUGCUCUCACUUCUGACAAUAUUAUCCAAAUGUACAGAAGUAAUUAUAGAAAUUGGGAUUUUAUUACACCGACUUCAAAUUAAUUUGUUAUCUUUCUGAGACCAUGGAUAAGCUUCGUCGUGUGCUGAACGGCCGAGAGGAGAACGAAGAGCUCGGUCUCACGUCGCAGGUCCUCGAUGCCACCUCGCUCAGCUACAGCACCAGGGUGAAAUGGUUCGUCAUAUGCUUUGCCUCAGGCAUCUUGUGCUCAAUACUUGGCUCAGCACUGCUGUUCCUUCCAAAUGGAAUCAAACUCUUUGCUGUUUUCUACACAUUGGGCAAUAUCGCAGCUCUUGCCAGCACCUGCUUCCUUAUGGGACCACUCAAGCAGUUAAAGCGCAUGUUUGAGCCAACACGACUUAUAGCCACCAUCGUUAUGCUGGUCUGCCUCGUCUUAACACUAUGUGCAGUGUUUUGGUGGGAAAAAAAGGGACUGGCCAUCAUUUUUUGUAUUCUCCAGUUUCUAGCGAUGACGUGGUACAGCAUCUCCUACAUUCCAUUUGCCAGAGAUGCUGUGAUGAAAUGCUUCACUACCUGUCUGAGUUAGGGUUCUGGAGUCCACACUUUCAUGAGAAUACUGGUCCUUAUACGCAAGUGAGAGAACAGUAACUGUACAAUAUAUAGUUGUCGCUUGUUUCCAUUUUUGUUUUGUACUAUAGCUCCCUGUGGCCUUGUGAUUUAACUGAAGGUCUAUUACUUUCGUCAGAUUUUUCUUCUGUACUUUGAUAUGAGUGCAUUUAAUGCGUAAUAUAUUUAAAGAUUUGACAGAUAUUUCAGAUUAGUUAAUGCUGUUUUGAGUGCUCAUAAAGUCAUUUAACUUUGCUGUGCAUUGUAAUUUAUGACAUAAGCGCGUUGCAAAAUCCAUCCUUAAAUACUACUAUACUAUUUAUGUCUUAAACAGUCUUUCAUAACUAUUCAAAUAAGCACAUUUGCAAUGCUGCCAAAAUACAUUUUCCCUUUUGUCUUUAUAUGAGCAGCUGCCCGCUAUGUUUUAAUAGAAAUAACAUUAUUUACCCUCGGGCAUUUGAUGCACUGCUUCAGUGAUUCUGCACUGGCAUGUUGAUUUCCAUAGCUCUUGAUCUUUUCCAGUUAAACAGUGUAAAAAUAGUAGCAGAUGUUGGUAGCCUAUGUGUACACAAGCCCCCUCCCCCACCCAGCAAAUUACAUUAAAAUUGAGUGUUUUUAAAUUUGAUCUUCUGCCAGACACAACAAUGACCUAGUUAAUUACGCUUUUCUGAGCAAUGUGGUUUUGGCAUGACCUAAUAACCCAAUAUAGCUUCCAACGGGAUCCCCGUAUGCUUCGGCAUGAUGGCAUCAUAGCCUUUGAGAAUUGAGUUGUCAUGACAACCUGUACCGGAAGAUUCAUUACCUUAGCUACCCCCCAUUUGAGGUGCAGAUGUUCAUAUUAUGGUGAUGAGAAGGCAUGUGCUUUUGCGUAAAACACAGACCUGUUUGUCUUGUACUGAAUACAUGAUUUUAAAGCAUUUUUUUUGUUUGUUUGUUUGGUUUAUUUGAACAAGCCACAGUGCCAACAUGAACCAAACAACUGCAUUGCAAUUCCUCAUUGUUUCAUUAGGCUUCUGCAAAGAAGGAUUAUGGACAAAGUCUCUCUUCAGUACAACUUGUUCAAGUAAUUUGUUAAAUAACAAGCAAAUCCCUCUGAAGCAUACCCUCUUGAUGUAAUCCGAGGAUCUAAUAAUGCUGUAGAAUUAAGGAACGCCCAUUUGUUUUUUUUGUUUUGUUUGGAUUAGUUUUCUUUACCCGCCAUGUUUGAAUUAAAGGUUUGAGGCUGUGGCAGAUUUUUGCUUACCUCUGCAGUCUGACAGAGUGUCCCAACUGUUUCCCUGCAGAAGUAUGUUAAAUACAGAGGUUACAAAAAAAAAGUAGUAGUCGGCAGUGCCAGCCUCUAAAAUGAAAGCUUUGUGCUAAAUAAAGAGGAAUGUGGUGUAAAACAGCAAUAACUGUUUUUAGACAUCAAAAUCAUGAAGUAUUAUUGCAAUAAUAUAUACAUUGUCUUUUCUUAGUCCUAUUUGUAAUGUGAUUAUCUGUACACUGAAACAUUGUAAAUGCCAUCUGUUAUCUUUUAAUGAUGAUUUCAAAAUAUGCAGAUUGUAAAAAUAAAUGAUCACUGUUUAAUAAAUGAUGUAUGAAA